AUGAUUUUCUCGCAGUACGCAGAGAUGGGCCUGUGGAGCUGCAUCUUCUUUGUGGUGAUUUUGGGCAGCCGAUCCAGACGAGGCCCAAAGUCGCUGGAGUGGUCCUAUCUUGCUGCAGGACUGGGCACAGUCCUUACCGUCUCACUCUUCAUCGUGAUGACUGUCAAGUUUCGUCUCUUCCAUCGCUUCUUGGCCAGCUACAGACACUCCCUGCUCCUGGAGGCCGACGGGGUCAGCCAGUAUGGCCAGGACGAGCCGCCCUUCCCUAACAGUGUGAUGGGUAGAAUGGGAGUGGUUGGAGGCACUACUAGAGGUGUGGAUGACGAUGACGAUGGCUUCAUCGAGGAUAACUACAUCCAGGCCAGUGAGAAAGAAAGGGCAGAGAGAGAGAGAGACGAAGAGGAGGCGGAGGAAGACAGCGACGAUGAUAUUCAGUUCACUAUAGGGUGAUUUGAUAAAGUGGGACUUCAUCAAAAACAUCUGACUUACAACUAAGAUAAAAUAAAUGAUGCUAUAGAGGAAGGAGAUUAUGAUCGACAGUUGACAGUAAAGCAGUGAUUCCAAAUCUUUCUUGUUUCUGACUCAUUAAAAUGAAUCACUAUCUACAUGCAACCUCUUACACCUUGCAUAUGAACAUCUAUAAUAUUACUAUUACUAUAGUGAUAGUAAGUUUCCCUAAAAGAGUUUCAUAUUGUUUCAUUUAAAAGAAAAGAAGAAAAAAGAACAAAUUUGUGGAUCAGAAUUUUUCCUUUUUCCUGUUCCUAUUAAUCAUUUUGAGGCCUCCAAGAUUACCUUGAGGGCUUAUGGAGGGUCCUGACCCACAUUUUGGGAACCGGUGAAAGUGCAGAGUGGAUAUGAUGAAUGUAAAAACUGAACAAGUCACAGCUGCUUCAAAAUGGUUGAAGUUGUGAGAAUGAUUGGACUUGUGUCUAAAAUUUGCAAAUUUAAAUAGUAUGAUAUGAUAAAAGUAAUAUAAAAAUGUAUAAACGGAAGUAUAUAGAAAUUUUGAAAAAUGUUACUGCUUGUGUUUGAAAUUAUUUGAGUACAGUAUCGCAGUUCUAUCCAAUGCUAUACUGAGGCUGGAUGCACGUUAGCAGAUUCAAUUAAUGAAAAGUAGAGAUUAACUGCACAUUAGAUUAUAUCUCCUAAAACUUUAUUGGAUUGAGACAGCCAACGUUUUGACUGUACUGGUCCUUUGUGUUUCCUGUUUGUACCCUGCAAAUGAUACAUUUUGAUAGCAAUCACUUGAGUAAGUAAACUAUUCAUAUUCAAGUGUUUGGUUGAUUUUAAUUGGCUGUGAAUUUUCAAUAAAGGUGAAACAACUUGAAACGUCCUUUUUGAUGUUGUCUGAAUGUGCUGAAAGUUACGGAUUUUACUUAAAAAGUACUGAGGCAGGAACCUGAGUGUUUCAUGUAAAAGAUAUAUCAGUGGAUUUAUACGUGUAGUUUGAAAUAGAUUCACUGGGAAUGUACUUUAUGAAUAAAUUCUUUUU